AUGUCGCCCCACAUUUCACGCAGGCAAACACACACACAGACUGAACAAGCUGAAAAAUGGUAUAAAGCAGCGCUCGAAGCAAAACCUGAUCACGUACCGGCUCAUUUGACUUAUGGAAAACUCCUUGCUAAAAACAGAACAAGGAUAUCGGAAGCUGAACAAUGGUUUCUCAAAGCUAAAAAGCUCGCUCCGAGGGAACCGGCAGUUUAUCAGCAUUUCGGACAAUUUUUAUCGGAUUUGGAAAGGCAUAGCGAAGCUGCUGUUCAUUACGUGAGAGCGGCAGAAUUGGCACCCAACGAAUACGAAGUCGUCGUCAACGCAGCCACGGCACUCAGGCAAGCAAAUAGAAAAAACGAAGCUGAAAAAUAUUACAGGCAAGCCGUCCAACUUAGACCAGAGGAUGCGAGAAGUCAUAGCAAUUUAGGAGCGAUGCUUCAUUUAAAUGGAAAAUACAGAGAAGCAGCUAAAAGCUAUAAAUUAGCAUUAAAACUUCAACCUGGCGAUGUAACCACUUUGGCUAAUUUACACAAAUUAAAAAGUUUAUUAAAAAAGUUUGAAACGUGA